AUGCGCCACGGCACGCGCAAUUGGGGCCUGCUGCAGCGGAGCCGCGAGCUGCCUCUCCGGGACAACAAGGCCUGCUGCAACCGCUUCAUCCUCCUUAAGAAGCGAUUCCUGGAGCAGCAACGCCUGCAGACUGCCACCGACGCUACCACCAACACCAACACCACCGCUGCCAACACCAUCACCACCGCUGCCAACACCAACUCCACCGCUGCAGCUCCGGCCACGGAAUCUGCAACCCCAGGCAACGACGCUAGGGCUUCUGUAGGGUCGAAACGCGUCUCCAACGCUGCUGCUUCCUCCUCUGCACCGAAACGAAGCCCUUCCUCUGCGUCCCUUGCUGCUGCUGACGCCUCUGCUGCUGCUGCUGCUGCUACUACUUCUGCUGCUGCGGCUGCUGACGCAGCUAUCCUCUCAGAGAGAGUGCAGAGUCUACAGAAGAAAGAGGAGCAACAGGAGAAGGAAGAGGAGGAGGAGAAACCGGACCUGCAGGUUUGGUCUGCUACCUCCCCGAAUCAGAAACCGGACCUGGUUCCUUCCUCCCACCUCUCUGCUUCGGCUCCUCCCAGCCCUGCUGCCGGACCUGUUGUACCUGCUGCUUCCGAGCCAGUUCUUCCCAGGUCGGUUGCUUCCGAGCCUGCUUCUCCAAUCCUGCCCCGGGCGUAUUCUGUUGGAGGUGCCACGUCAGUCUUGGUCUCGGGCCAAUCAUUGCUGGACAAAUCCCUUAUUGAGAAGAAGGUUCUGGAGCAGCAACCUGAGCUGUUGAUCGAUACUAGCCCGCUAAAUCAGUCGAUCUUGAGCGUCCAAUUGGCGGAGCUAUUCCAUUUGGAUCUAGCAGCAGCUGCUACAGGCGGUGAGGCUACAGCGUAUAAUACCGCUACAAAUACUACAGAUGCUACAGAAGCUGCUGCUGCUGCUGCUGCUGCUGCUACGGAUGGCGCUACAGCUGGUGCUGCUACAGCUGGUGCGUGUGAAGGCAGCGGCGUGGGGAUGGUGGUGGAUAGGAAGAGGAAAGAAGCGCCUACAGAUAUGGGUCAGCCUGGCGAAAGCGUCGUCAAGAGACUCGUGCGCGAUGGGGAUGGGAGAGGAGGAGUGGGAGGAGGUAGAGGUGAGGGAGGUGAGGUGGGGGGAAGUGGGGACGGGGUGACAGGUGCGCUGCUGAGUACCUGGAACGAGCUUGGAGCAUGUGAGGAGGGGCGAGGAGGAGAAGGGAAGGGUAAUAGUGCUAUCGAGUGCGCUAAUAUGGGGUUUAGUGUGGGUAAGGAGGAUGGGACGGGAGGUGGUGUCACUGGUGUGACUAAAUCGAAUGGAGAGGGAAGUGGUGGUGGAGUGACAGAACGGAAUGAGGAGGAUGGUGGCAGUGGAGGGGUGACUAAUACGAAUGGCGAGGGCGGUAGUGGUGGAGGUGUGACUAUAGGCGAUAUGUUUAAGACUUUGCUGCAUGCGAAUGCACAGCAUGUGGCUGCUGCCAUUCUGGAUUGGAAGGAUCGGGUGUGUGGUUCGGAUGACAGGCAUGUGCCGAACCUGGCUGCUGCAGUGAAGCUGAGGGAUGUGGGGCCGGUAGGUUCGGUGCAGCGUGGUUUGGUGCAGCAUGGCUCGGUGCAGCGUGGUUCGCAAUGGCAGCAGACCCGCGGCCCUUUCUACCCUCUCUCCCGCCCCUCCUCCUCCUUCCGCGCCCCACCUCCUCUCCUCCCCUCCCUCCCCCUCACCUCCUCUCAUCCCUCAUCCAAUCACACUCUGCAGAAUCAAACUCUGCAUAAUCACACUCCGUAUAGUCAUGCUUUGUUCAGUCACUUUCCUCCUAUUGGCUCUCCUAAACCUAGCUCGCCCGCCAUUGGCUCGCCAGCCGUCGGCUCCUGCGGGCCCCCUCCCAUCUCCUCACCCUCCGCCGCUGCUGCCACGUCAGCAUCUCAAUCCGCUGCCACCACGUCAGCAUCUCAAUCCGCCGCUGCCACGUCAGCACCCGUAUCCACAGCUGCUGCUGCAAGAGACACGCAAGAAGCUGACGAGUUGUAUAUUGAGGAGGAGGGCGGAGAGAGGGGUGCGAGACGGGAAGAGCAGGUGAAGGGGGGUGGAGAGAAGGGCACAGCACAUGGGGGUGUGAGUGUGGGGCAGCCACAGGAGCAGGGAGAAUUCGAGGUGGGGAAGCAUGGGCCAGCCAGGGAUGGCGGGAGGGGACAAGUCAGGGACCCAGACGAAGGGGUGAUGGUGGGAGUGGUGGGGGGAAUGGUGGGGGGUCAUCACACGUCCCCCCUUCCGCCGUCUGCUUUGCUCGGUGUGUCAGAGGAUGACGUCAUUAGCCUGCUGGUUGCUGACUGGGCGGCGGAAGACGCUGACCUGGCAAUGCGUGCUGAGCUGGCAGCAGCUGACGUGGAACCACCAUUACCACUGCCACCAGCCAGUCACGGUGGAGUGAGGGGGAUGCAGCCACAGGAGAGUGGCAGGAUGGCACAAAGUGGUAUGUUGAACAGUAAUAGACCUGCCACCGCCACCACUUCGACUGAUCCUGCCCCUCCUGCUUCCCUCAGCAUCUUACCUGCUACUGACCUGACUCCUCUCCCAGCCGGGCAGAACCUCACUGCACCGCACACCAUCGCUCAUAAUGGUCCGUAUGAGUGGUCUGCGUAUAUCCGGCCUGCUCUGUCUGCUCCGGGGCAUGUGCGGCUGCCACGUGUACAUUCCACUGGACCUGAAACUGCCACGUCAGGUUGUGAUGCUGCCACAUCACACCAUGGCAUGAUGACAGGUUACCACCAAUAUGCCACGUCACACCUUGGGAGGGAUUCUAGAAACUUCCGAGGUGCAGGAGCAGCAGGGGGCCUUGGGGAGACAGAAGAGCAGAUGACUAACCUGGUAGAGGGAUCGAUGCUAUGGGGGAUGGCAGGUCAGCUUGCUGACACCAUGCCAGCUGCCGCUGCUGCUGCCGGUGCUGCUACGACGCACACACCCCAUGCGUGCCCAGUGCAUGGAGCUGCUGUUGCUGCUGCACACACACUGGGAUCGAGCCCCUACAUGCACACCCCACAGCUCUCCGGCCCUGCUCCCUCCGCUCCCACCAUGUACGCCUUGUUGCGCUCCCACUCGCCAACGCUCGCCCAUUGCUGGUAG